UCGCUGUGGGUGCGGGGAGGGUAACUGCCCUGGGAAAGAUCGGGAACUUGGAGUGGCGAUCGCCAUGGAGCCUGUGGGCUGUGUGCUCUCUUGGGGCCUGAUGGCCAUCGCUUUCGCUUCGACGCUGUUUGCGGCCUGGAAACUGAGGCUGAUUCAGCGGAUCCUGUACCGGGUGGAAGCAUCAAGUCCCAGACAUGGUGGUGAGAGCGUAGCAGAGGUGCUGAAGGCUCAUGGUGUGAAGUACGUGUUCACUUUGGUGGGAGGACACAUCUCGCCCAUCCUUGUAGCUUGUGAGAAGAUUGGGAUCCGUGUGGUAGACACACGACAUGAAGUCACGGCUGUAUUUGCUGCAGAUGCUGUGGCCAGGCUUUCAGGCUGUAUUGGUGUUGCAGCGGUAACUGCUGGUCCUGGUUUAACUAACACCGUGACUGCAGUUAAAAAUGCACAAAUGGCAGAGACUCCGGUGCUGCUAAUUGGGGGAGCAGCUGCAACUCUUUUACAGGGCAGAGGUGCACUGCAGGAUAUUGAUCAGCUGUCACUUUUCAAAACCCUCUGUAAAUUCUGUGGUACUGUUCGUACAGUUCGAGACAUUGUUCCUGUGCUUCGGAAAGCUAUUGCAGUGGCUCAGUCUGGUACUCCAGGGCCUGUGUUUGUUGAGUUUCCAAUUGAUGUCCUCUACCCAUAUCAUAUAGUUCAGAAAGAGGUCAUACCAAAAAGUGCACCUAAAGGAGUUAUGGGAAAAGUCAUAAACUGGUAUCUUCAUAACCAUCUAUAUAACCUAUUUGCUGGAGCUUGGGACAAAAGGGACAUCGCACCUUUGCCAGUGGAUCUUCCCAUGGCCACAGCUGAUGAGGUGCAGUGCUGUGUGGAGAUAGUGAGCAGGGCUAAAAAACCAGUCAUCCUUCUGGGCAGUCAGGCAACACUCCCACCUACACCUGUGGACAACGUCCGGGCAGCUCUGGAAUCUCUGGCUAUUCCUUGCUUCCUGGGAGGCAUGGCUCGAGGACUGCUGGGAAGGGACAGCCCCAUUCACAUCCGACAGAACCGAAGAGAUGCUUUGAAAGAGGCAGACCUGGUCAUACUGGCAGGUACAGUGUGUGAUUUCCGCUUGUCUUAUGGACGUGUUCUCAGCAGACGAAGCCAGAUAAUUGCUGUAAACCGUAACCGCUCACAGUUGCUGAAAAACUCAGACAUGUUCUGGAAGCCAACACUUGCUGUGAGAGGUGACCCUGGUUCCUUUUUAGUUCAAUUGGCAGAGGGGCUAAAGGGUUACCAGGCUCCCAGUGAUUGGACCCGAUGUCUGAAGGAGGGAGAUGUUAAAAAGGAGAAGACUAACAGUGAAAAGGCAGAGGAGGAAGUGGCGAAACACCUGAAUCCACUGAAGGUUCUGCAUCACGUUGAGCAUUUGUUGGAGGAAGACAGCAUAAUAGUGACGGAUGGGGGUGACUUUGUGGGCAGUGCUGCCUAUAUCUUGAAACCCCGAGGGCCCCUCCGAUGGCUCGAUCCUGGAGCUUUUGGGACACUCGGAGUGGGUGGUGGGUUUGCACUUGGAGCCAAGCUCUGCAGACCAGAGUCACAGGUUUGGAUUGUUUAUGGAGAUGGUUCCCUUGGCUACAGCAUCGCCGAGUUUGACACUUUCAAACGUCACAAGACUCCUGUAAUUGCCUUAGUUGGCAAUGAUGCCGGCUGGAGCCAGAUUUCUCGAGAGCAAGUUCCGUUGCUAGGCAGCAACGUGGCCUGUGGCCUGGCAUACACAGAUUACCAUACAGUUGCUGAGGGAUAUGGUGGUAAAGGCUUUUUACUGAACCGAGAGAAUGAAGAUCAAAUGGAUGAUUUAAUAAGGGCUGCUCAGGAGGAAUGCAGGAAUGGGAACCCUACCCUCAUAAACGUCCUAAUAGGAAAAUCAAACUUCAGGGAAGGUUCCAUCUCUGUGUAAUAACAGCUUUUGUACAGAUCAGAGAUUUCAUGUUUCAUGUGUGCCUUGCCUCUUUAUACUCUUGCCCUAGCAGCAAGCAGAGAACAGUGUGGUAAAAGAUUGUAUAUAAUCAUGCAAUAACGUUUGAUGCACAAGGUACCAAAUCAAAGACUAAUUUACACUAAUGACCACGGGCAUUUCGAUUGGUUUUCUGUUUUCAAAAGAAAAAAAAAUCAGUGUAAAUUUUAUGAAUUUUUAGAUUGAUCCGUGUUUUAAGUUUGUUGAAUCCCUGAUAGUUGUACGGCUUGGAAUCUUGUACAUCACUGGUUAGUUGUGGUAUUUGUUGUCCAGCCUGGAGGCCACUUGAAUGAUCUUCCCUUUGUCCGAGGAGCCUGGAAGACUUGCUGUGGGUGUGCCUCGGUGGGCUGUCAGGCUGUGGUGUACAGACUGAGCUGGAGUACGGUGCUGUUCCCUCUCCAGCAAAAGAAAGCAUGGGAAUACUAUCUGGAAAUCAGAUGAUCCCUACACAAUGAGUUGAAGGGUCUGGCUAAAAUAGAGCCAAGGGCCUUUCUUAGUCUUUCUUCAGUGUCUUUUGCUUUAUAAAUGUCCGGCUUCCAAUACUCACAGUGACAUUUUGAAACCCAGGAGCUGGUUUAUCGAAUUGCAGGCACAGCACCACCGCCCCCCCCUCUUCUCUAUGGAACAGCAACAACAUCUGGUCCUUUGCACUGUGCCAGAUUUGACCUUUCAGCUGAUACUGCCUAUGUUUGAAUUCAAUUUUCCUGCACUUACCCUCCAUCAUUUUGUAUUCUUUUACAAAUCCUCAUCCAAUUUCCUUUAUUAAAUGAAGUUCAAUUUCAUGAGCCACUUGUGGUAAAACCACUCCAUGGUCUAACUGACUUCUAAUAUAUGAACAAACAAAUUAGGAGUAGGCCAUUCAGCCCCUUGUGUCUGCCCUGCCAUUUGAUAAGAUCAUGGCUGAUCUGAUUGUGCCCUCAACUGUACUUUCCAAGUUGUUCUUCUUUCUAAUCUUCCCCCUAUAACCUUUGAUUUCCUUGUCACUCACGAAUCUAUCUAACUGCCUUAAAAAUAUUCAGUGACCCAAUCUCCAAUGCUUUCUGAGGAGGAGAGCUCCACAGACUUUAACAACUCUGAGAGAAAAGCUUUCUCCUCAUCUCCAUCUUACAUGGGCGACCUCUUAUUUUUAAACUGUGUCCCUUAGUUUUUGUCUCACCUACAAGGGGAAGCAUCCUGUCAGCAUCCAUCCUGUCAAGUCCCCUCAGGAUCUUAUAUGUUUCAAUAAGAUCACCUGGUAUUGUUCUAAACUCCAAUGGAUGCAGGCCCAAUCUGGCCAGCAUCUCCUCAUAGGAUAACCCCUUCAUCCCAGGA